GGAGAUUGAACUCCUAAACAAGCCAUCUAUCUCAGUGCUCUUUCACCACAACCCAAUUUCCACUGCCACGAAAAGAAGACCCUCCACCCAACAAACCAAUUUCAUUGCAUACCAUUUCUACCCACUUGAGCACACCCAUGCAUCGCAUGCAUCGACGUGUGCUCGCCGUGUGCUGCGUCGUCAUCGCACUGGCGGGAUUCGCUGCGGGAGCAGACCGCGCCAAGCCGUCGUCUGCCCCAGCCGACGUUGUCCACGAACGCGACACGCCGCUGACACGAGUGGCGUUCGGAUCGUGCAGCCGCCCCACGUUGCCGCAGCGUCUGUGGAAGCCCCUGGGCGAGCUCGAGCCGGAGGUGUUCGCGUGGCUUGGUGACGUGGUCUAUGCGGACUCGCGUGAGCAGACGUUCGUCUGGCGCCCGUCGCCGCUGGAGCACGUCAGGGACAUCUACGCAAUGCAGAAAGCGCUGCCAGAGUACAAGGCGUUUGUGGACGGACCGAGCAAGCCGCUCGUCCUCGGCGUGUGGGACGACCACGAUUUCAACCUGAACAAUGGCGGCGAUCGCAACCAACUCCGCGACAGUGUGCAGGAAAUCUUUCUCGAUUUCCUCGACGAGCCUGCAGAGUCGCUCCGGCGGCAGCGAGAGGGCCUGUACGUGUCCCAUGCGUGGUCUGGGCCCGACCGCAAGGGCAGGAUUCGACGUGUCAAGCUGAUCCUGCUCGAUGUUCGCUACUUUCGGCAGGACUUUGAUAGCGAUACGGACAGCAAGUGGGCAAUGUGGAUUUCCAGCUUGACCGCGGGGCAGCCGGUCAAUGUCAACUUCCCGGGCGUCGGCGACGAGCAAGUCGUGCGCCACGAAGAGCUGCGACACAAGCAGCAUCGCGAUCACUCCCGCGGAGACAUGCUGGGCGAUGCUCAGUGGACGUGGCUUGAAGCCCAGCUGCGCGACAGUGCCGAGCAGCAGUUUGAUCUCACUCUGAUUGGGUCUGGAGUCCAAGUCCUCAGCGACACGCCCAUUAUCGAAAAGUGGGGUCUGUUUGGCUCAAGCCAACGCCGACUGCUCAAAACCGUGCACGACCUUGGUGUUCCUGGCGUUGUCUUCCUCAGUGGCGAUGUUCACAUGGGCGAAAUGCUGUGCACGGACGACACGGAGGACUACUUGCUCGGGUUGAGUUACCAAUCAGCGCACAGCACGCCCGUUCCAGCCCAGCGACCGCAUCACCUGCCCGAUGACAGCCCUAUUACAGUCAACACCGUCCCGCGCCUGGGCUAUCCGCUUUUUGAGUUUACGUCGUCCGGCAUGACGCACAGCUGCAAAACUCAGAUUCCCAUCGUCUCUUGUCUCUUUGCCGUCAACUGGCUUGCCCCCGGAACCUUCCGAGUUGGGCCUACCAUCUUUGAUGACUUGAACUUUGGCUUUAUCGAAAUCGAUUGGGAUAAUGAGGUCGUCGAAGCCUCUAUCCGGGGCAAAGAUGGCGCGGCUGGACUUGUCACAAAGAUUCCGUUCUCUCGGCUGCGCCCAUUCCAACAAAGCGACAAGGAGACUGCGUCGGCAUCGGAGCUCCAGUACGAAGCGCAUCUGUGUCCCCAUCGUCAUCCUGUCGACGAUGUGCACUUGUGGGCGCGAUUCGGCGUGCGCGUUGUCCUGAUUUCGGCCCUUUUGGUGCUCGUGCUUGGCGUCCCCUUGUUGUGUUUGAGCCUGCCUUUCCUGCUUCUCCGCUGUGUUUGGCGAUGGCGCUUUCGCGCAGCCAGCACCUCUGCCUCAUCGCAACCGCGUCAUGCCAAAUCGGAGUAGCAUCCACUGUUGUUUGGUGCAAACGUAGAAUUGAACAUUGAACAUCGCUCUCUCAGAUCUGUUGCUUCAUCCAACCUUCGUUCUCCUUGUGUGAUGCGUUGUCCAACAUUUCACGUUGCCUAUUUAAAAAAAUCUGAAAAUCGCCA